AUGCUAAUCAUCUCAAUCAAUUCAAGAAUAAAGAAGGACCUAAAACUAAGCUUGCCUAAAGUUAAGGUUGUAAAACUAAGCCAUAAAAAUGAAAUUUACAAAGAAAUAUUUCCCUACGAUUUUGUGAGAUACUACAACAGGCACUACAUUAUUAUAAACGAAGGGGAAGUGGAGGUGAAAGAUAUGCUCAAACCCUAUAGCUUUUCCAUCAAACCUGAAGAAAAGGACCUAAAACAACUAGUAUUAAAAUCAGACGAUUUGAAAUUCGGUAAAUUGUAUAAUACUGAAUAG